GAGUUUCACUCACUCUGUCACCCAGGCUGGAGUGCAGUUGCGUGAUCUUGGCUCACUGCAACCUCUGCCUCCUGGAUUCAGGUGAUUCUCAUGCCUCAGCCUCCCAAGUAGCUGGGACUACAGGUAUGCACCACUAUGCCUGCUAACUUUCUUGUAUUUUCAGUAGAGACAGAGUUUCGCCAUGUUGGCCAGGCUGGUCUCAAACUCCUGACCUCAGGUGAUCCACCCACCAAGGCCUCCCAAAAUACUGGGAUUACAGGCAUGUGCCACCGUCCCCAGCCAGCACACAAUUGUUUAUGUGAACACAAAUUUUCAUGUAUCUAGGGUAAAUUUCUAGGAGUGGGAUUGCUGGGUCUUCUACGUGGUUAUUCCAACUUUGUGAGAAACUGCCAAACUGUUUUCCAGAGGCCAUGUCAUUUUGCAUUCCCACCAGCAAUGUAUGAGUGCAGUUGCUCUGUAUAUGCACCAGCACUUGGUAUUAUUUUUACCCAUUCUAACAGCUACAUAGUGGUUUCUUAUCAUGGUUUUAAUUUGCAUUUCCCUAAUGGCUAAUGAUAUUGAGCAUCUUUCAUGUACUUAUAUUUGCUAUCUACAGGUGGUACCAAGUGAACUGCCUAAAUCUUUCAAAUCUCGUUUUCUAAACUGGGUUGUUGUCUUGCUAUUGAGUUUUGAUACUUAUAUAUUCUGGAUUCAAGUCAUUUAUUGGCUACAUGACUUGCAAAUAUUUUUUAUAUUUGCUGGUUUUUUUUUUCCAAUCUUUUAACUGUGUUUUUUCCAGAGCAAAUCUUUUUCAUUUUGAUUCAGUCUAGUUUACCGGUUUUUUUCUUUCAUGGUUCAUGCUUUUGGUAUCACAUCUUAGAACUCUUUGCCUAACCCAAGAUCGCAAAUAUUUUGUCUUCUUGUUUUAUAGUUUUACAUUUUACAUUUAAAACUAUGAUCCCUUUUGAGUUAACUUUUCUAUAUAGUAUAAGGUAUAAGUAGAUUUUGGUGGGGGGAGAGUAUAUGAAUGUCCAAUUGUUCCAAUCCCAUUUGUUGAAAAGAUUAUCCUUUUUGCAUUAGUUGUUUUUGGGCAUGUCAAGUAUCAAUUUACCAUAUUUUUAUGGGUGUAUCUGUGGACUCGUUUCUGUUUCAUAGGUUUGUGGCUAGCCUUUUGUCAAUAUAGCACUAAUUACUGUAGCUUUCUAGUCAUUCUUAACAUUAGAUAAUAGGAGUACUCCAAAUUAUUGUUCUUCCUUCUCAAAAUUGUUUCGGCCAUUCUAGUUUGUGUUUCCACGUAUAAUUCAGAAUCUGUGUGUGUGUGUGUGUGUGUGUGUGUGUGUGUGUGUAUAUAUAUAAACAAAUCCUGCUGGGAUUUUGACUGGACUUUUAGAAUCCAUUUGUCAAUGUCUACAGAAAAGCCUGCUGGAGUUUUGCCAAAUAUACACAUUAAUUUGGGGGAGGACUAAGAAUAUUGUCUUUCAGAUCAUGAACAGCGUUUAUCUGUUUAUUUAGGUUCUUUUUCUCAGUAACAUUUUGUAUUUUUCACGUACAACGUACGCAAUACGAAAUGCAGUUUUCCUUCAUAUGCUUUGUUAAAUUUAUCCCUAAGUGUUCAUAUUUUUGAUGCUAUUGCAAAUGGCAUUAAUUUCAUCUUCUGCUAAGUUUGUAGAAAUUACUUUUUAUAUGUCACUUUUAUAUGUUAAGACCUUGCUACAAUUAUUCCAGUAAAUUUUUUUUUGGGGGGGGGCAUAUAAUCUUUAAAAUUUUCUAUAUACAAUUAUGUCAUCUGCAAAUAAUGGCAGUUUUCUCUUUCUCUCAAUCUUUAUGCUUUGUAUGUCUUCCCUUCCUCAUACUUGGUGGGACUUCCAGUAAAAUAUCAAACAGAAAUCAUGAGAAUGACUAUUGCUGCCUUGCUCCUGUCAUAGGGAAAAAGUGUUGUCUUUCACCACUAACAUUACUUUUGAGGAAGGCCUUCCUAUUAAUACUUUGCUGGGAUUUUUAAAAUAAUAAAUGGUAUUUUAUCAUUUUUUUUUGUUUCUACUGAGGUGAUCAUCUGAUUUUUCUUUUUUAUGUUAAUAUAGUGAAUUAUAUUUAUCGUCUUUGGAAUAUCCUUGAAUUUCUGGUAUAAAUCCACUCAGUCAUCAUGUUUUAUGCAUUUUACAUGUUAGAUUCAAUUUGCCAACUUCUGGGUCUAUGUUCAUGAGGGAUAUUGGCCUGUGGAGUUUUGUCUUCUUGGUAAUACUGGCCUCAUAUAGAAUAAUCUGGGAAAUCUUUCCUCUUUCUCUCUUUUCUGAAGAGUUUGGAUAAGACUGGUAUUACUUCCUCGUAAUGGACUUGAUAAGAGUUCUCUAGUGUAGCCAUUAGGGCCUGGAGGUUUCUUUUUGGAAAGAUUUACAUUACAAUUUCUUUAAUUGACGUAGGGCUAUCAGAUUUUUUUCUUGCGCCAAUUUUGGUAAUUUGAUAUUGGCAUAAAAUUGUUUAUAUUAUUCCUGUUUGCCUUUUAAAUGUAUAUAGAUGUCAUAAUGCCCAUUACACAUCUUAAUAUGUGACUUUUCUUGAUCAGUCUGUAUAGAGAUGUAUCUAUUAGAUCUUUUUAAAGAACCAGCAUUCAUUCUGUUGUCUCUAUCGUAUGCUUCAUUGAUUUCUGUUCUUACCUAUUUCUGUCUACUUAUUUUGGGUUUAAUUUGCUUUUCUUUUUUUAGCUUAAGGUGAAAGCUUAUAUCACUGAUUUAAACUUUUCUUCUUUUCUAUUAUAAGCAUUUAAGUAUAUAAAUUUCCUUCUAAGCUCUAACUAUUGCAUUUCAAAAUUUUGAUGUUUUGGCUUUCGUUUAGUUGAAAAUAUAUUUUAAUUUCUCCUGUGAUUUUCUUCUUUGUCCCAUGGGUUAUUUAGAAAUAUGUUUAGUUUCCAAAUAUAUGAGGCUUUUCUAGAUAUUUUACUAUCUGGGGUGGUUAGAAAAUAUACCGUGUAAUGUUUUAAGCCUUUGAAAUCUCCUGAGACUAUCAAUAGUCUACCUUGGUGAAUGUUCCAUAUGCACUUGAUAAGAAUAUGUAAUAGUUGCUGGGUGUAGUGUUCUGUGAAUAUCAACUCAAGUUGGAGCAUAAUGUUGUUCAGAACACGUAUUUUUUCUUUGAAUAUCCUAGUAAUGUUUUAAGUCUCCAGCUAUGCUUGUGGGUUUCUUUGUCAGUUUUAAGUUGUGUAUCUUUUAUAGAUAGCAUAUAGUGGGUGUAUUUUUUUUAAAUAAUAGACUGUUUUUCAGAGCAGUUUUAAGUUAACAGAAAAAUGGAGCAGGAAUUAGUGUUCCCACGUAUCCUGUGUACACACACACACACACACACACAGCAUCUCCCACUAGACACAUUGCAAUCACCUGAAAUCCACGUUAUUUUAGGGUUCAUUCCUGGUGUUGUACAAUCUAUGGUUUUUGACAAAUGUAUGACAGAAAUCCAUUAUUAGUAUCAUAUAGAAUAGUUUCAUUGCCUUAAAAACUGUCUGUUCCACCUAUUCAUCUCAGCCUCUUCCAUAACCCUUGGCAACCACUGGUCUUUUUACUGUCUCCAGAGUCUUGCCAUUUCUAGAAUGUCAUAUAGUUGUAAUCAUACAGCAUGUACCCCUUUCAGAUUGGCUUAACUUAGUAAUAAGCAUUUGAGGUUCCUCCUUUUCUUUCCAUGGCUGGAUUAUCAUUUUUUGAGAUGGGGUCUUGCUCAGUCACCCAGGCUGGACUGCAGUGGUGCAAUCAAUCUUAACUUACCCCAACCUUCAAUUCCAACUCCUGGGCCCAAGCAACCUCGGCUUCCUAAGUAGUUAAAACUGUAGGUGUGCACCACCAUGCCUGGCUAAUUUUUUUCAUAUUUAAUUUUUUUGUAGAGACGGGGUCUUGCUAUGUUCCCUAGGCUGGUCUUGAACUCCUGGGCUCAAGUGAUGCUCGCCUCAGCCUCCCAAAGUGCUGGGAUUGUAGGCGUGACUAUGCCCAGCCUAACUCAUUUAUUUUUAAUGCUGAAUAUAUUCCAUUGUUUAGAUGUGCCACAGUUUACUCAUUCACCAAGAAGGACAUCUUGCUUGCUUCUAAGUUUUCAAAGUUAUGAAUAAAGCUGCUACAAACAUCCAUGUGCAGAUUUUUGCAUGGAUUUAAGCGUUCAACUCAUUGAGUAAAUACCAAGAAGCAGAACUGCUGGAUCGUACAGUAAGAAUGUUUCAUUUUGUAAGAAACUGCCAGACUGUCCUCCCAAGGUAAACACUACACGUGAAGAGUGGUGAAAGGGAACAUUGAUUACUGAAGUGGCCUGGAGAGGGAAAGCACUGGUCAACAUCACAUGGACAAAUUUCAUUGUUUUCUAAAGAUGGCCUGGAAGUAGUCUUUGCCACUGCUUCCUCCACAAACAGCUCUUCAUAACAUGGGCUGCAUGAAAUCAAAGCAAACUUUCCCAUUUCCUACCAUAUAUGAAGGUGAGAAGCAGCAUGAGAGUGAAGAACCCUUUAUGCCAGAAGAGAGAUGUCUACCUAGGAUGCCUUCUCCAGUUAAUGUCAAAGAAGAAGUGAAGGAACCUCCAGGGACCAAUAUUGUGAUCUUGGAAUAUGCACACCGCCUGUCUCAGGAUAUCUUGUGUGAUGCCUUGCAGCAAUGGGCAUGCAAUAACAUCAAGUACCAUGACAUUCCAUACAUUGAGAGUGAAGGGCCUUGAGGUUGUAGGAUGACAACACUUUGACUGUGGAGGUGCUAGUUUGAAUACAUGUGACAAAAGCAAAAACUGGUGUGAAAAAUUACAAAUAACUAUCUGGAUUUAAAAAAUGUGUCUACGAUAAUGUCACUAGUAUAAGAACAACUAGGAUGAAAUGCAUUUUAAGUACUUCUAUGUUAACAGCAAUUUCUCUGUUUAGUCUUAGAUUUUAGCCAUCUGAAGGGCUGAACAGAGGUCCUGUGACACCCAAUAAUCAGCUGAAAGUCACAGCACUUCUUCCUAAGUAAUGGCAUCACCAAAGAAAAUGCUAAGGAAUAAAAACUGCCCCAAAUUCCAAUGGUUAUUUUACCAAAUUCCAAUGGUUAUUUUAAAGGUUGUCCUUUAAAAUAACAAAAUGCUAAGGAAUAAAAACUGCCCCAAAUUCCAAUGGUUAUUUUAAAGGUUGUCCUUUAAAAUAACAAUUUUUGUUAUUUUAAAGGUUGUCCUUUAAAAUAACAAUUUUUGUUAAUUUAUACCCAAAAAAGUCCAGAUAUGAAAAAGGCUUUUCUAAAAUUUCUUGGGAAUGGCACUCAAGUCAUAGUGAUUAGUGAUUAACAUUAAGUCUUGUUUGUUAAGGAUCUCUACUUCUUGACACGAAUGAACCCUGUCUUUAAUAAGAUUUAUUUUUGUAGAUGAGAAGUGUAACUACCACCUUGGACCUCAGGGCCCUAACUAAUUACAGCUGUUAUUGGAUGACUCAGACUUUGUGCCUAAAGCCAUCUUAAAGAUAACAGUUUAUAGAAGCCAUGACAUUAGUGUUUAUUGCAUUGAAUUAAGAAGCCCAGUGAUAUAACUAUGCAAGAAAACAAGUAUGGGUACCUUUUAUAAAGAGCAAUCCAGUAAAUCUUAAAAAUAACAGAAACUUAGUCUGCAAGGUAGAAAGUUUCAGUUUUAAUUGUGUAUUAAGCUUUACUGUCUCAGAGGUACAGAGGGCUGGAAUAUGGGCAUUUAUUUCCAGUUUUUUCUUGACUAGUUUAAAACAGACCAGAUAAUGCAUGAAGAUUUACAGUUGUAUUGCAAAACGGAAAAGAUAAAACUGUCCUUUGAGGAGAGUAUUCGUUUUCUGGGUUUUUGUUAUUUUUUAGUGGUAACACAGCCUAUAGGGCAUUUAUAGCCACCUAUUAUACUGUUUCCAUAAGCCUGGCUACCUUUUAGGGAAGCUAUUUUUUCUUUUUCAUUUUUACUGUCACAGCACAUACACACACACCUUUUUGUUUUAAAGGAUUAAGUACUGUUUGAAGAUCAGUGGUAACAAAAUUUGGGAGGGGGAAGAAGAAAUUAAGACAUAACUUUUGGAAAAUUAAGACGAGUUUCUAGAAUUAUCUUUUCAUCAAGAUUUGGUAGACAUUGAGUUUAAAUGGAAAGGAAAUUAUUUAAGCCUGUGUAUGUUAGAUCCACAAUACACCAUUGGUAUUGAAAUAUAAAGGUUAAAAAAAGGCUUAUGACCUCUUUAAUGAGAUAAAUAUGUAUUUGUCUUGUAAGCAGGCAGAAAAUCUACCUCUAAUUUUAACACUAAUACUUUGAAACCCACAAUCAAAUAGAGUGAAUUCUCCAAGUUACAUGAGCAAGGAAAACAUUAUUUGAAAUAUGCCAUAUUUUAGUUGCCUUUGGACACCUCAUCAUUCAACUCUAAUUUUACCGAGUCCCAGGAUUUGUACUGUCCCAUUGUACUUGCAAUCUACAAUUUAUAUAAUAGAAAAACAACCAAACCCAUUCAUACAAGGAUCUGAAGUUAUAAGGUUAAGGGCAGAAAGUUACCCAUAAGUAUAAAACAUUUCCAGGUCAUGAAGAGUAGUUUAGGUUGAGUGACAAAAGCAUAGGUGUGGUUGUUUUUCAUUCAUUUUGCAUCUCACACCAAGACAUUUUUGCUGCAAGGUCAUUUGCUGCUUAAAACGUACAAGUAGGUAUAUAAAAUAAGUACAGUGGUGAAAACACAAAGCCACGUAAAGCAGCAUGUCCCACUAAAUUUUUCAGUAUACAUAGGGGCAGACAGGUGAGUUCUGGUUGUAUCUAAAUAUUUUAAUUUCAGGUUCCUUCUGUGCCCUGGGCCACUAUUUCCCAGGGGUGUAACAGAGAUGCCUGCCAGAUCCAUAUCACCUAGAAGUCUGAUCUCUGUUGCUGCCGCUCCUCAGCAACUAUGGCAGUAUAGUUUUGUCACUAAGCACCAUUCCCUUGUCCCUGAAUCACAUUUUAAUAGAGUACGAUAUCUUGUGUACAAUAUUUCCAAAAAACUUAUGUCUGAAAUAUAUGCUGUAUUAUAUGUUAACCCAUGACAUAUAUGAACUACAAGGCUUGCAUAAUCAGUGAGCUAGUGGAUAAAUCAAGUCAGGAGCAAAUGGGAAAAAGAUGAAUAAACAAAUGAAUAAAAAAAUGAGUAAAUGAAUAAGAGAUGAAUAAACAAAUUUACAUUACAUGUGAUAGUUAUCAUGGUAUAGGUUGGCCUUCAUGACAAGAUGGAUGAGAAUAUCACUGAUAGGAUAUUGCCUUCUUUCAUAUCUUUAUAUUGAAAUAUGGGCUUUACUUCAAUUUGAAGGUCUUUCACGAACAAUAAAACAGAGUAGAAGGACUGUCUGAGAAGGCAGGAGACAUAUGGAAACAGAUGACUGAAAGACUGACUAGCUCCUGGAAAGGGAAACAUUUGGAACAUCCAGAGUAAGGGCAAAUGGGCUUCUACCAGCACAACAAAGAACCUCCAGGUGGCAACAUGGAAGCAGGUUAUCAGAGAAAAUAAAUGUGCAAAUUCCUUAUUUACAAUGACUCACUUAACCCCACAAAUAUGUUUCACUGCUGCCUUCCCCAGUUGUCGCUUAUGUACUGUUGUUACCUUUCAGUUACAUGCCUUUGAUCCUAAAAUUCUCUACUUUUGUUGCCUUAUCAGUUCUUUGCAGUCUGCCUGUGGUUAUCAGCACUUAAAGCACAAUUUUGAAGUGGACAAAAAUGAUAAUCACCUUAGUCCCAGAGAAAUAAUUUCAGUCAAACUGCCUUAUUAGUAUUAAAAACAGACACACUGAAUGAAGUAGCAUGAUACACAUAUAUCCUACUCAGUAUCACUGGCCUUUUAUCAAAUGGGGAAACUAUACUUUUGUAUUACAUAAUUUUAGAAAUCAAAAGUUAGAGACUCUUUAUAAGCAAUAUCAAGGAACAGUAAUUUAAAAACCAAGUUCUAACAAAUAUAUUGUUUGCUUAAUCACAAUGCUCUCAUCUUGUAUAUGAAUGACUAAAUAGGACAUGUCUUCCUUGGAGCUGUGGGCAUUAGUUCAGAAGCACUACCUGCAUCUUAAUUUUCAAAACUCAAGUUUUAUUAGCAAAUCCUCUUCUCUGUAAGACUUAGCUAUGAAGUGGUAUAUUUUUUCCAAAUAUUUUUCUGAAAACAUUUGUUGUUGUAACUGCAUAAUAAAAGUCCAGUUGCAAUUAA